UUGCUGGAAUUUACUCUACCGAAACUGAGGCGGCCAAACAAAAUCCCUAGUUGGCGCGUAGAACUGUGAUUUGCUGCCCCGAAACAAAAAGCGGCAGCUCGCAACGGGAUCGAAAAAGCUCCAAAAAUGGCGAGAAAUGGAGGAGGAGACGCGACGAAUUGGGACGAAGAAGGAUACAGGAGCAGCAUCCUUCUCGAUCGAGAGCUCCGAUCUCGGACCGUCUUCAGGACCGCCUUCGCUCCUUCCCCUAACCCUAAUCCUGAAACCCUAGCCGUCGCCUCCAGUGACGGAUCUAUCGCCGCCUACGCCAUUUCCUCUUGCAUCGCUGCCUCUCAUCAGAGUGUGCACUCUAGAAAGAAAAGAGGUCAAGAGCUUAGAUCUGAGUUUCCAUUCGCUGAACCACGUUGCAUCAUUCAAGGACAUAAAGGCCCUGCAUAUGACUUAAAAUUUUAUGGAAAUGGAGAUGAAUCUUUGUUAUUAAGCUGUGGAGAUGAUGGACACGUUCGUGGUUGGAAGUGGAUGGAUGUACUGAACAUGAAACCGCCAGUAGCUAAGAAAGGUGGUCAACUGGAUCCUGUACUUGACUUCACAAACCCACAGCAUGAAGGUCCUUGGGGUGCUCUUUCUCCUAUCCCUGAAAGCAAUGCUAUCGCAAUCAAUGAACAGGAAGGAUCCGUUUUCUCAGCUGCUGGUGAUUCUUGUGCUUAUUGUUGGGAUGUGGAGACAGGCAAGAGAGAGGUUGUCUUUAAGGGACACUCCGACUACUUGCACUCUAUCGUCGCUCGUAAAUCCAGCAACCAGAUCAUUACUGGUUCUGAAGAUGGAACAGCACGUAUAUGGGACUGUAGAAGCGGAAAAUGUACUCGGAUUCUAUAUCCAGAAAAGGGCUAUAAAUUGAAGGAACCUUCAUGGGUCAGUUCCUUAGCCAUUGAUGCAAGUGAAAGUUGGCUGGUUUGUGGCACUGGUAGGGGAUUAUCAGUGUGGAGUCUACUUUCAUGCGAGUGUAUUUUCAGCAUUGAUAAUCGUUCUCCUACGCAAGAUUUAGUGUUUGAUGACAAUCAAAUUCUAGCGGCUGGUUCUGAGCCUCUGCUAACACGGUUUAGCAUUAACGGAACUCUUCUUUCACAGAACCAGUGUGCUCCUCAGUCAGUAUUCUCUGUCUGCAUUCAUCCCUCACGGGUUACUGCUGUUGGUGGCUAUGGGGGCUUGGUAGAUGUCAUAUCGCAGUUCGGCAGUCAUUUGUGCACUUUUUGCUGCAAAGGAAUGAAUGGGGAUGAGUAAACCAGUAUUUGAUGUUGCUGUUUACAUCUUCAAAAUCCUGUUGUACUCUACAUUGAACCGUCGUCAUCUCUUUGUAGUCUUUUCUUGCUUAUUUAAUUGUUCCCUGCUACUAUUUUACAUCAAUUUUCUUAUUUUCUAAGCAAAAAAGGAUGAAAUUACAAAAAUAUGACGACCUCCACCAGCAAACCUUUAUCACUAUUUUUUCCCCUUCUUACUUUUGUUACCGGAGCUGCCUCCAGCACAUUUUCUGUUAACAUAACGGCAACAAAUUUGGGUCAUUGUUGCUUUUGUUUUCCUCCAUAGUCUUGAUAUUUAUUUUGCU